AUGUCCUACUUUCGCGUGACGCUGCACAGGAGCGCCAUCGGGCUGCCGGAGCGCACGCGCGGGGUGCUCGCGGCGCUGGGCCUGCGGCGACGCGCGCAGACCGUGUUCCACCCGGCGGAGCCGCAGUUCGCGGGCAUGAUCUUCAAGGUCAAGGAGCUGGUGCGCGUGGCCGAGGUGGACGCGCCGCUGAGCAAGCGGGAGGUGCGGGCGGCGCGCACGCCGGACGCGGGCUUCUACGUGGAGAGCAGGGCGGCGGAGCGGGUGCCGCGGUGA